CGACAACAGUUCACAUGCAUGCAUGCAUCCGAUCCCUUUCCGCAGGGAGUACUUGGCCAAGAUGUCGUCUUGGGACGCCACCAAAGCAUCACGGGCAAGAUGAACAACCCUUCCAGGUUUCCAUGACUGCUACCGGCAAAGCACCGCCUCUAUCUGCCGUAUACUAAGAAAGAAUCCGCAGUCAUAGGAAUGGCCUUCUACGAUGCAUGCUCAGUUCUCACACUGACACGGUACGAUAUCCGCUUGACUGACCCGGUCCCGAAUCCAGCAACCCCACCUCAGUGAUCAGUAACUGAUCACGAUCCUGUCCAGCCUCGUCCGGAUGCAUAUCCUUUCGAUUUACAGUGGCUGUCCUGAAUUCGGACCCGCCUUUUCACUAUUCCCAUGCACAUCGUACGCCUCCCAGAACUGCUGGCCCUGGCUCUUGUUAUCAGCGACAUUCCAUUCAGCGUUUGUGCCGCUCGCUGUCUUGGAAGAGGAUGCUUGAGCUCAGAUGACACACCUCAACGCAGGGACAGCACCCUCCACUCCAGAUCGCUCUCCCACCCAAACAUGAUCGCUGUCGUUGCCGGUGUGGUCGCCGGAGUCUCGGUCUUCCUUUUCGCUAUCCUCGUGGUUAUUCUCGUUGUUCAGAGUCGCCGCGAUAAGAUUCAGAAAGUGGACACUGAAGGCGCAGUUCAGUUAGAAACCGCCAAACCCGAAUUUGCGACCCUCGUUCCACAAGCGAAGCCAUCGACUGCGGUCGAGCAUGCCGCAUCUCGGCUGCCUCAAUCUGUUCCUUUCGUUUCAGAGUGGUAUCCGAAUGAGCCUGCGGCCGGCACAAACUCGGGACUGCCACUCUCCAGCGCCACGAUGAGCUCCUCCAAAGAGACACAGGCUCAAAGCACGUUGUCCGAACCCCGCCGAAAGGCCACCCACUCUCGUUCUCUCACAAUUCAGCUUCCUCCUCGCACCCCUCCCCACGGCCGUUCUAUAGGCCUACCCAGGAACCCCUCGCCCGCCGCGGCUCGUUCCUCUCCAGCGCUGCGCUCGAGGAGAUCGGACUCAGACUUCCACCGGAGAGGCGACUCCGGGCGGUCUACGCCGCGGGCCGGGCGUCGGCCUCCGCCGCUUCCGCUCUCGGCGAGAGGACGGGCAUCGAGUCUACCCCGGAACCCAUAUCCCAGGCGACCGAGCAUCUCUGUGUCCGUCCCACCUAGUCCCGUGCGGACACACGUACUGUCGGUGUCGGACGACGUGACCUCCACUCGCAGCCGGUUCAGUAUUUCCCCUGUCAGGACUGGUGGCUUCUUGCUCCCCAGCUUGAGUACGUCCACGAGGAGCUCGCCUGGUCGGCCGAGGGCGCAGAGGUUGGGUUCCUUCUCAGAUAGCGUGGCCGCUUCAAAUUGAGGAGUAUGUAUGUUUCUUUCUACUGGCUUUUUGGACUAUCAUUACAACCUCACUGUACAACUCGCACGGACACUCUCCAUUGUUCUAGAGCACACACUCUCUACUUACGUUUCGCCCCCAAGAAAGACUGCGGAUUCCCGCUUCGGAAGAGCGCAGCAGAUCCGAUCAAAACCGGGAUGAUGCAGUGACCAAGUAGCGCUAUCGAGUGCGAUGUGAGAUGAGAGAGCAGCACUCAAGAGGAACAUUCCGUGGCAAUACACACAUGUCAACAAUAUUUCCAACCUGGCGCAAACGCAUGUCAUCAAUCUAUCUUUCAUACCCUAACCCGAGGCAGAAACCGUGAGAUCGACAACAAUGCUAUCGCUCGCUUUGUCCAUGAACAACACGUUCUCGCUGUCCCUCAAGUCCAUUAAGUGUCGUUCCAU